CUUGCUUGCCAUGCAUCCCUCUGCCGCCCCAGGGGACCUGGUGUUUCCGGAUGGAGGCCCCUGCCAUGUUUGUUUGUGACUGGGAAUCCCUGGAGAAGAGUUGCAGUUUAUUAGAAGACCUUCUUGGCCUAGGCCUUAAGAAUGAAGGUUAAGGGAAAGAGACGCACUCAGGAGAAAGACGCAGCCAAGAACAUGUGUGGACUUCUCAAAGAGAAAUCAUCUUCAAGCCUUUGUUGUUGUUGGUAGCAGGGUCUCGUGCAGACCAUGGUCUUGAACUCCUUAGGUAGCUGUUGAUGGCCUUGAACUUUCGAUCUUCCAGCUGACAUAUCCUGACAUCAGAGGUUGCAGAAAUACACCACAGCUCCCUGUUUAUGAGGUGCUGGAGAUCAACCCAGGGCUUCGUGUGUUUUAGGCAAGCAUCCCGCCAACUGAGCUAUGUCCCGAGCCUUGACAUUCAUACAUGUGUAAGGGCAGAACCCCAUGACCUAAUCACCACUCACAAGUCCUACCAUGCCAUACUUCUGUGCUGGAGAUGAAGGUUCAUAAACUUUGGGGGACAAAUUCAACCCACAGUGGUGGCGGCAUCUGAACUUUCACAUUUGGGGAUUAGAAAUGUGCACUUGGCCAUCCCAGCGAAACCACACCCCAUCGAUGAUAAAUGGACAGUCAAAGGGAUUAUUGUACCAGCACAGAGGGCAACAUGUCUGGCAUCAUUUUGUCUUCACACUCUCAGGAGGUCAGUGCAACAGCCUCUUACUGUUCAAUUUACACUCUAGGGGGCUAGCCAUGCAAGGCUGAAGCAGAACCUAGAGGAAAACCUUCCGUCUCACAGAAGUGACAGCAGAGCUGAGCGGUGGUGGCGCACACCUUUAAUCCCAGCACUCGGGAGGCAGAGGCAGGUGGAUCUCUGUGAGUUCGAGGCCAACCUAGUCUACAGAGUGAGUUCCAGGACAGGCUCCAAAGCUACACAGAGAAAUCCUGUCUCGAAAAACAAAACAAAACAAAACAAAAGUGACAGCGGAAGCCAUAAAGCCCAACACUGAUUUGCUGGACCAGUACCAGCCUGAAGUAAGAAGCAUGUUUGAGGAGUGGGGAGUCCUGCCUCAUCCCAUGUUCUUGCCCAUCUCCCGCUUGUGUGCUCUAUGACGCCUACUGGGAGCACUAUGGCAGAAUCUGCCCUACUGUGUCCAUAUUCUGGAGAGCAGGGCUGAGACAAGGUUCUCACCGAGAACGUCCUCCAAGAGCACCUCCAGAGAGUGCCAGCUCAGCAGAGAGAACCAAGCCCAGCAUGACCUGAGCUGCACCCUCAGAGGAUGGACAGCAUGCAAAGCCCUUCAAGUCCAGCUCUCCAAGAGCCCUGGUGCCUUCUCUGCUGCCUGCAGGAACAUUUGUAUGAGAUAUUGGGAUGCUAGAAGUGGCUCCUGCACCUGCCGGCGGCGUGGGAACCACAACUGUCCAUCAGUCUCUCUUCUUCACUGUGUCUUUGAAGAUGCUGUAUUCUUCACUUUGUCUCUCUCUCCUUCCUUGCUCUUUGUUUUCUUCUUCUUCUUCUUCUUCUUCUUCUUCUUCUUCUUCUUCUUCUUCUUCUUCUUCUUCUUCUUCUUCCUCUUCUCCUCCUCCUCCUCCUCCUCCUCCUCUUCCUCCUCCUCCUCCUCUUCCUUUUUUGUGGGGAAGAGACUCCUAGGCUGUCCUUAAACACACUGUGUAGCCCAGGCUGGCCUCAAAAUUGAGGCAAUCUUCUGCUUGCUCUUUCUGUCUGCCUUCCUUCCUUCCUUCCUUCCUUCCUUCCUUCCUUCCUUCUUUCCUUUCUUUAAACAGAGCAUCACACUCUAUAGCCCAGCCUGGCCCCAAACUUGAGGUGAUCCUGCCUUAGCCUCCCAAGUGACUCCCCUCUCUGUCUCUCUCUCUUUCUGUAGGUCUGUCUCUGCCUGCUCUCUCUGUCUCUCUCUGUCUCUCUCUCUCUCGCUCGCUCUUGCUCUCGCUCUGUGUGUGUGUGUGUGUGUGUGUGUGUGUGUGUGUGUGUGUGUGUACUAUGAAUCAUACUCAAGGCCUCAUGCACUCUAAGCAAACACGGUCACAUUGCACAUCUCCUCAGCCUGUGACAUUGUUUUUCACUGGGUAGCUCCUCCACUGAGGGUAUGUCUCUGAGUUAGAAGUCUGCGAGGCAGCAGGUUCACAUGACUGAUUUUGCACCUCCCAAGGACUGAGCACUGACAGAAGAGGAGCCUUUUGGAGGUAUCCAGGCCACUGACUUGAGAACAUACUUAGGUACAGAGUCUCUUUCCAUGCAACUAUAGUAUGGCUUCAAUACUUUUUCCUCCCUACACUGUGUCCUUAAAGUCAGUGAAUCCUACCAGGAUUGGCAAAGAUGGGGUGAGACCUCUCUCCUUCCCUGAUGGGUGAAUUCCCGCACAGAGAAAGGAUUCCUGUGUGCUCAGGGCUGUUGUGGCCUCUCUGUAAAUCUAGUCUCAACUCUGGCCCUUCUAAAGGGCUCUGAAUGGAUGCCUCUGGAAGAAGGCCUUUCUGAGAGAGAAGAUUGUACUGAAAGCUAAGAACUUUCCCUUCUUCCCUUGGGUAUCUCUAGCUUCACUACUGCCUAGAUUUGACAUUGUACUGUAAUCCCAGCAGCACUUGGGAGACUGAGGCAGGAGGACUGCUGUGUGUUCAAGAGCCAGCCUGGGCUAUGUACCAAGUUUCUGGCCAUCCAAGAUUAUAUAGCAUAACAUCAUCACAAACAAAGUAAAAAAUACAACAGUCAAGUUAUGUCGUCUCCCCACACCACAGUUCACCCCACUUGAAACUAGUCUGGUUUUCAGAAGGCUUUCUGGAGAUUCACUGGCCAGCUGGCCCAGCCUAAUCAGCAAGCCUGGGUCCCAGCGAGAGACUAUCUGAACAUGCAUGUGGGAAAAGGUGUAAUUAUAUUUUAAUGAAACAAUUUUACAUAUAUGUGCACACAGAUACAUACACACAUGCACACACACCAUAUAUACACACACACACCACACAAACCACAUACACACACCACACACACACACACACCACAUACACACACCACACACACCACACAUACACACACACACACUACAUAUACACACCACACACACACCACACACAAACCACAUACACACACACACACCACAUACACACACCACACACAAACCACACAUACACACCACAUGCACAUACCACACAUACACAUACACAUACACACACCACACCACAUGCACACCACACACACCACACAUACACACACACACACCACAUACACACACCACACACAAACCACACAUACCACAUGCACAUACCACACAUACACAUACACACACACACCACACUACACACACACACACACACACACACACACACACACACACACACACACAGCAUCUCUUUGCUUUAUCGUUGCUUUGGAGAAUAAGACAUCCAUACAAAGUGCAGAGGCACAGUGCAGGGCGUCUCCCGAGCUAGGAACAUCAAAGCGUUGUUAGGAUACUAACCAGGUUGGGGUCCUGCCAAUCAAACAGGGAUACGGGCUGGCCGUGGGGCAGGGUUAAAGUCCUCCUAAGUGAAGGGCAGCACCCCAAAGAUGGCAUCCUUCCCCUGGAAUCUUGGGGAGAAAGCACCAAGUUGGAACUGGGAAGCCUGUCCGAGGAGUAGGGAGUAGCGCCUCGUCACACGUUUUUGGUGGGAGGAAGACAGGCCAUUGUGAGAUAUAUAGUGUCAGUCUCUGACGAAAGGGCUGGAGAUCCAGAGCCCCAGACUAUGGAGGUGAGCCCCAAACAUGAAGUGGUAGAUCCAUCAGUGGAUUGCUCUGUUAGGGUCAGUCACGGCAUGGAAGGGCACUCUCUUCUUCCCCAUCUCCUGGCCUUCUUAGCAUGGGCCUUGUCCUAAGGCUUGGCCACGCCCAGCGUGCAGCACCCCCACCUCUCAGCUAGGAUGGGAGGCAGGCGGAGGCUGUUUGCGGGGGCCGUGCCGGGUGGGCAGUUUUCCCAGAGCGAGGAGUGAAGGAGUACGGAGUUGGUGCCGGCUUCUUCAGAUACAGACCGCUGGCUGCAUGUGCCAGCCUGUCCAGGCUAGCUUGAGCCCAAGGGCUCCUUCGGGCUCUGUGCUACUGCUCUAGGGCUACAGUCCCAUACCCCAAGAGAGUGGCAUGUCACAGGAGGCCACAGGGGUACCAGCAAUGCCAAGAGCAGGGCUCGGCCAGACUAAGGCCAAAGCACGGUUGCUUCUAGGCACUGACGGGAAGAGGAGCCGCCUCAGCAGGACGAGGCGGGACCUAUGGGACGACACUAGCUGGAGCAAUCAGAGACUGAACAGAGCCACCUCCGGCCCUCGAGGGACCAGAGCUAAGGGAACAGCUCAUGGCAGGAGCGAAGCCAGCCCCGAGAACGCGGCACGGGAGCGGACCCGGGUGAGGACCCUGCGCCAGGCCUUUUUGGCCCUGCAGGCUGCCCUGCCGGCCGUACCACCUGACACUAAGCUUUCCAAGUUGGAUGUGCUGGUGCUGGCCACCAGCUACAUAGCCCACCUCACCCGAACGCUCGGCCACGAGUUACCUGGCCCUGCCUGGCCGCCCUUCCUGCGUGGACUCCGGUACUUACACCCCCUCAAGAAGUGGCCCAUGCGAUCUCGUCUUUACGCAGGAGGCUUGGGAUGCUCUGGCCUCGAUUCCACCACAGCCAUUGCUGCCAGCCAAAGAACCAGGGAUGAAGAGGUGGGGUCCCAGGUCUCUGUAGCCACAGAUGUUCUCCUUCUCGCCAACCCAGUAUCUCCAGCUCCUGGUAACAAAUGGCCAGCACACUCUUAGACUGUGACUCUCACUGAAGGACCUGGGUUUUUCUGCCACCUCUACCUGUCUUUCCCCCUGACUCUCAGCCUUUGGAAUUGACUCAGGCUCCACUCUCAAGUUCAGGCUCAGCUUCUGGCAGGCAGGAAGAAGCAAUGGUGACGUCGAUGGUAGAGAGUUCCCAGGGAACCCAGGACGAAGAUCUUCUUCACCUUUGACUCUUAGGAGGGGACAUUCCUGACAGGAAGCGAAAGAGCAAAGUGUUGGACGUGGUUCAAAGUCAAGUUAGGGUAUCACCCUCCCCUGUCCUCCCUAGGCCUCUUCACACAGCAAGAAAACAGAAGUUACUCUGCUGGCAUAGUCGGGACAGGCUAGGAUGGCGGCAGCCCCAGGUGCUCAUGGGUAUAUCGGGGAACACGAAGGGCUUUUGGGAGCAGUAAGUGUGAACACAUCUAGGUCACAAAGCCAGAGAGGAAACUGAAGAAUGGAAUGUGAUUUUUUCCCCCAAGACAGGGUUUCUCUGUGUAGCUUUGGAGCCUUUUCUGGAACUCAUUCUGUAGCCCAGGCUGGCCUUGAACUCACAGAGAUCCGCCUGCCUCUGCCUCCUGAGUGCUGGGAUUCAAGGCGUGCACCACCAUCACCCAGAAUGAUUUUUUUUAAUUGCCCUACAAGGUGCUUAUCCAACAUCAAAGAGGAAGAGGAAAGUUCAGGGUCCGUGUCCCUGGAUUAUGGUCUCUCCAGCUGCACCCCCCCCCCCCCCAUCACCACAUCCUCCCACCAGGGCUCUGCACCCUUUCAUACUUUCCUAGCAUGAGCUCUGUCUAGAGAUAAAGCCACCGCACUGACAUGGCUUACAUUCCAGGGGAACUUAGCUAGUCCCAGCUGUCUAGGAGGAGAUCGUUUUAGCCCAAAACCAUCUAUCUCUACUUUCACUCCAUGAGGCAGCCACUCCCAGCCCUGCCUACAAAGGACAUUGAUGCACUCAGCUAUCUCCUUGAUCGAUGCACUCAGCUAUCUCCUUGAAGGGCCUAAAACGAGGCGUGUGUAUCUUUCUCAUGGGGUGACAACCACAGCGUUCACUUCUGUUAUGUCACAAAUGUCAGCUUUAGUAUGUUCUCUAUGCCGCCAUCAACUGGGGCUUCGUUGGGUUUGGUAUAAUCCAUACAGUUCUAGAAAUCAGCUCCUAAGGCCAACUUCUCCCCCACAGACAUUGACACCCCAAGUCCUGGUACAGGGUGCCAAAAAUUUACUAGAGCUUGAGUGACACUUGUCCUUGGCCCUGAAGAAAUCAUUGGAGGACAAAGCAUGCCAUGAGAUGAGCCUUCCAAGUCAGGUAUGGUUUCAGAUCGGCCCCUGAGGUCCAGACGUGGAAGAUCAGCCUUCCCGUCAAAUUUCAGCAGCCGAGACCAAUUAGAGUCCCAGCGGGGUGACCGUGAGUGGAGUGGAGGCUUGGAAGGGACUGGGUCUGCUCCUCCAUAGGGCUGCCCAGGGCAUCCGGGGAAAGGGGGUUAAGGGGGUGACUCAGAGAGCUGGGGUGGAAGACACAGAACGUCCCAGCCUGAGCUGCAUGGGCUGUGGGAGAGCAGCUGGGCUGUGGCUGGGAGCCAUUGCAGAAGGCCUCAGCCAAGGCCAAAUGCAUAAAUCUGCCUGGUCCCACAUUUCUGCUGAGAGACCCUGAGAAUUUGUACAGUGCUGAUGCAGGCAGCUGGACGGGACCAGGCAGGGGCAGAGACCAGGUGUGGGAGAGCAAGAGCAGUAUUCUUCACAAGACCAUAAAAGUCCAUCCUGGGUGUUCUAUUUUUAAAACCAGAUAGCAUCUCCCUGGUUGAGUUGGAGGGUGGUAAAAAGACAUGUGCAUGAUUUCCUCCCAGUCAGUGGCAUAUGAUCGGUCUCUGGACCGGCAGGGGUCUGGCUUUGGGUACAUGCUGGGAGUCUCCUCCCAGCCCGGAGCAUCUCCCGAUGAUUGGGUAGAGUUUGAUUUAGAGCUUGCAGGAUUCACCCUGUCCAGACUCAAGCUUUUGUCUCAUUUUGACAAACCACUCAGGGCUGAACACAUACCCCCACCCUAGUGGAGAAGACAAAGAGGAUGAAGUUGGUAGAGGAUUGGGUUAAGAAGAACAAGUCCAUCAGGAGGAGUUGUUUUUUGUUGUUGUUGUUUUUGACAUGGUUCACCGUGUAGCCCAGGCUGGCUUUGAACUUGAAAUCCUUCUGCCACAGCAAGGAAAAUGAACUUACAGGCCUGUAUCUUCCUGCCCAACUAGGACAUGUUUCUAAGGUUGCUUUCAAGGAAUGUGCUUUUCUUUUCUUUUUUUUUUCUCUUUUUUUUGAGACAUGGUUUCUCUGUGUAGCUUUGGAGCCUGUCCUGGAACUCACGUUGUAGACCAGGCUAGCCUCGAACUCACAGAAAUCCGCCUGCCUCUCCCUCUUGAGUGCUGGGAUUAAAGGCAUUCACUACCACCCCCUGUGGAAUACGGUUUUCUUAGUGACCAGGACAGUCACUGGGCACAGUGACCCCUGGGAGCCAGAGGAGCUGGCAGUGGGGAGGGGAGCCUAGGGAAGAGCCAGGGCAUGACUGGGACCUCACCCUCCCUAACAAGCACAGGGAAGCAUCACUCUGGGGACUGGAGUCUGUAAGCCAAGCAGAAGCAGGAAUGAACCCUUUGUUCCCACAGUGGAGGAAGAAAAGUACGGGCUGGCUGGGAGACCUCCGCUCAUCAGUGCUGGGGACAUGGCAGAUAUGAGCAGUUAGAGGUUGUCGAAGGAGCUGGAGUCCGUCUCCGGCAAGAGCUGUUCCCUGGGCACAAGCGUGUGCAGAGGAAUACACACAAGUUAAGGAGCCUGGGUAACAAGUGGUGUGAGUGUGUAAGGAGCUUAAGCGGUGUGAAUGUGUAAGGAGCACAAGCGGUGUGAGUGUGUAAGGAGCACAAGCGGUGUGAGCGUGCCCUUGUCCAGGCGUCAGUGGGAUGGCUUGGCCCGGAAGCCAUCUAGUCCAUUCAGUUUUCUUCCAGUCCCUCUCAGGGUGUGGUGCAGGCAGAGUGGUGAGGAAGACUUCGCUGCAUGUGCUGCGAGAGAUCACGACGGAGGCUCAGAUGGAGUUAUGGAAAGGCAGAGCUUGUCAGGCCCAGCUAAGGGUUAUGGUGGCCAUGGAGCUCACCAAACUGGGAAUGAGUGAUGGUUACUCUUGACGGACAGCCUGACCGGAUUGAGAGAUGACUGGGAGUCAGUAACGUGUGCCUCUCGGUCUGUCUGUGAUGACUUUUACCUACUGAAUGGCUUAGUCCAUUGAUGGAUUCAAAAUACACUAUGGAUAAGCCCGGCAUGGUGGCACACGCCUUUCAUCCUAGCACUUGGAAGGCAGAGACACGAGGAUCUCUGUGAGAUGGAGACCAGUCAGGCCAACCAGUGAGACCGUCUCAAAAACAAAAUUAGACUAUUGAGCCAGGUGUCAGUGGUGGUGUACAUCUUUAAUCCCAACACUCGGGAGGCAGAGACAGGAGGAUCUCUGAGUUCAAGACCCGCCUGGUCUACAGAGCAAGUUUCAGGAUGGCCAGGGCUACACAGAGAAACCUUGUCUUGAAAAACAGAAACAAAACAAAAAUUAAGACUGUUGGGUGGUGGCGGAAUUGUGGACAGGCUGGAGGAUGUAGGUCACUGGGGCUGUGUGCCUGGGGAUAGAUGUCGUGCCUGGCCUCUCCCAGUCCCUUCUACACUCCUGCCUCUGUCUGCCGUGAGAGAAAGAGCCUCCCCUUCCACACUCCCGAUACCAUGAUCUUCUGCCCUCACCCCACGAGGCCAAAAAGCCAUGGACUGAACUCUCCGAAACUUUGGACCCAAAUAAACCUUUCCUACUUUACGUUGUCUCUCUCUGGAAUUCGGUCACAGCAACGUGAACACUAGUGGAGAGUAAGGUCUAGGUGUUUUCUACAAAAUAGUCCUCUUCCUUCUUCUAGGAAGAGCCUGGCUAGGAUGAAUUAGAUCGCACCAGCUUCUCACUUUCCUAGUACAAGC